AUGUAGUAGGAAGUCGUCGUGGCUGAUAAGACAUGGUCGGCCGCACCCAGGACUGGAACAAAGGCAUAGUGAAAUUGUGAAGCAUGAACUAUACUCCAUUUUGUACCUCAUCCAUUUUUUCCUGGUUGCUCUUUGCCUGAUGGUACACUUGCUUCCUUUUUCUACAGCUAUAUGAGGAUAUCAUCGAUCUGGGCUGGAGGGCUCGCGUUCGUCAACGCCCGGAGGGAGAAGGUAGCUAUGGAACCUGGAGUUGUACGAUUUUGGCUUGCUGGCGAUUCUUUUGUUUUCCUGGGCGAGCGCUGGAGUCAACGGCGGCGGCCGGUGAGGCUGAGGCCGCGAGAGAUCGUCGGCCGUUGAGCACCGGCUCCGGGCGUACGGUCUGCGAGGCGCCGGCGCGUGUAGGGUAUGGCGGGGGAGGAUGCUUUUUCAGGCAAUGGAUGAGUGGCCGCGUACGUGAGGGAUUGGAGGAUCGAUGCUUUUCCCGUGCGGCCGCGUACGCGAGGGAACGGUUUUUUUGACGAGGCUUUUUCCAGGCGAGGGAGAGGACAGACGGGUUUUUUUACGUGGGUUUUUCCGGGCGUGAGGGAGAGGACGUACGAGGGACCAACGUACGCAGACUGGAAAUUAAAAAUUAGUAGAGAUAAUGCUACGACGGGUCAGCUUCUCACAAAAUAUUUCAUAAAAAACACUAUUCAAUGAGAUUUGUGAAGCAAACACAAUGACCACAAGACAAAGUACAAGGAAAAAUGAAACAAAAAAAAUAAACUUUAGUUUUUCAUAGCUAACAUAUGUUAUGAAUCUCAACUACAGUACCUUCGAGAUAAUGCAAAGGUUUGUUAUGAGCAUAAAUGCGCUCCAUUUACACAAAUGGACAAAAUUUAAUGGUUGCGGAGAUAUCGUUGAGAGGCGAUCGUAAUACUUAGCAAAUAAAUCUCCCUAAUAAAACAUGCCAGCAAAUUUCAGCAAUAGUUCUUUGGAUAUAAUGAACUCAUAUUUAAUGGCUUUCCUGUAGUUCCCUUGAAAUUGUUGUUUUGUACAUCAAUAUGAUGAUACGAUCUCGCAGAAAAGACGAACUUUAAUUACCCACCAACUAUUCGGGAUAAACUUGCGCGUAAGAUUACGUGUAUACAUUUUGAAAAAACAUGUAUCUUUCUGAAAUUGUAUCGGGCAGUCAAGUUUUUGAACUGUAAUUCUUGACAAAACUAGAUGGAGAAAAAAAAACUCAAGUACUGUAUAUAAACAUGCCCUGGUGGGCUGGAAUUUCUAAAGCAUCGCAUAAAACCCACGGGAACGAAUGAGGCCGGGGAAGCAGACCCGAUAACCAACACGCCCAAGAAAAUCCCACUCUUCCGUCCGACCGUCCCCUUCGUCCUCGCCGCAGCCCCCAUGUGGCCUCCCUGGGUGAAGACGCGUGCUCCCAACUCCGCCGCGCUCGCCGCCGCUUCCACCACCCCUUCCCUCAAAGACAUCCAAUCCCUGCUUCAACCGGAGCCCUCCGCCGACCCGCCGCAGUCCGGCGAGUCCUCCCCGUCGCCACGCGUCUUCCACCGCCUCCGUGUCGCGGCCUCCGCUCUCCGCCUCCUCCGCAGCCUCCAGCCGGCGGACCACGGCGGGCGCGUGGUCCUGUACUUCACAUCGCUCCGCGUCAUCCGCGGCACCUAUGAGGAGUGCCGCGCGGUGCGGGCCAUCCUGCGUGGGCUCGGCGCCGCGGUCGACGAGCGGGACCUCUCCAUGGACGCCUGCUUCCUCUCGGAGCUCGCGGCGCUCCUGCGGCGCCGCCGCGGCGCGGUGACCCUCCCGCAGGUCUUCGUCGGCGGCCGGCACCUCGGCGGCGCCGAGGAGGUCCGCCGCCUCCACGAGUCCGGCGAGCUCGCCCGGAUCGUUGCGGCCCCGGCCGACGCCGCCCCCGCCCCCUGCGGCAGCUGCGGCGGCGAGCGCUACGUCCUCUGCGGCAGCUGCGACGGGAGCCACAAGCGGUACAGCCGCAAGGGCGGCGGCGGCUUCCGCGCCUGCGCCUGCUGCAACGAGAACGGCCUCGUCCGGUGCCCCGACUGCUCCUUCCCGGUCGCCUGAUCCAGAUCCAAGAUCCGCUGGGCGGAGGUGGCUGUGGUUCCCCCUCCAAUAACUCAACCCUUUGCUGCUACAGUACUGUUAGUUCGACUGCUACUCUCAUCAAACCUUGGAGCUAGUGAUCAUCAGUUCUCCUAGUCCUAUACUCCUAGUUUAUCAGUAGUUGAUUAGUUAAGUGGUUCAAGCCGGUUACAGGUCAUCAGAAAUUUUAAUUUUAGCUUUGCUCCAACCUUGGGUUAGAACUUUCAGAAGAUUUGCUGUUCGCUUCUGCUCUUGGUUAAUCCAAUCAGACUAUACAACUUGAUUAAAGAUACUCUGGUUUUUGUCUCU